UCGACACUCAUCAGCUCAAGUCACACAGGGCCCGGGCAUAGAGACAUGAUGCUGCAGUUUGCAAGACUCAGCAGGAGAUGUCCGAUCCAUGCGACACGCCGGAUACAUGGCUUCACCGUACAACGCACCAAGCAUGUCCCUGAGCUCCAGCUCGAAGCGACACUCCUUAGACACGAUCGCACAGGAUUGCAACACCUGCAUAUUGCGAAAGACGAUUCGAAUAAUGUCUUUUCGAUAGGGUUUGCGACACCACCGACCGAUUCAACGGGUGUACCGCAUAUGCUUGAACAUACAACGCUAUGUGGCUCGCACAAGUAUCCAGUCAGAGAUCCAUUCUUCAAAAUGCUCAAUCGGAGUCUCGCAAACUACAUGAAUGCCUUUACAGCGGCAGAUUAUACCUUUUACCCCUUUGCAACAGUCAAUAAGGCUGAUCAUGCGAAUCUGCGCGACGUUUACCUCGAUGCGACCCUAUUCCCAAGACUACGAGAGAUAGACUUUCAGCAGGAAGGCUGGCGAUUGGAGCACAAGGAUCCAAAGGACACUGCAACGCCGAUUGAAUUCAAAGGUGUCGUCUAUAACGAGAUGAAGGGUCAGAUGAGCGAUGCGAGUUACCUCUUCUACAUUAUGUUUCAAAGAGAAAUGUACAGAGGGACCAUCUACGGCAAUGAUUCAGGCGGAGACCCAAAGAAUAUCCCAGAUUUGACCUACCAACAGCUGGUUGACUUCCACAAAAAUCAUUAUCAUCCAUCCAAUGGCAAAGUCUUCACCUACGGCAAUUUUCCCUUGGAUGAUCAGCUCGAGUCACUGAACCAGAAGUUGAUGAAGUUCUCGGCUGCACAGCCGGAGAAUGUCGAUAAGAUCACCUCGCCGUGGCAAGGGACCCGAACAGUCACCGCCAAUGGACCAAUCGACCCACUGACCGCGACAGAGUCUCAAUACAAGUCAUCACUGUCUUUCCUGUGUAAUGAUGCAGCAGAUACCUUUGAGACCUUUUCAUUGCGGAUUCUUUCGUCUCUACUACUUGACGGCCACAGCUCACCACUCUAUCAGGGUCUCAUUGAGGCUGGUCUCGGUAGUGACUUUUCCCCCAACACUGGCUAUGACAAUUCAACAAAAACGACUGUCUUCAGUGUAGGUCUGCAGGAAACCACAAAGGAAACUGCUGAAAAGCUACCGGUUGUUGUGAAUGAGCUUCUCAGCAAAGUGGCAGAGACGGGCUUUGACAGUGGCAAAGUGGAAGCGAUUUUGCAUCAGAUGGAGAUUGCGCUGAAGCGGAAACAAGCAAACUUCGGUAUGAGCUUGUUGCAAACCGUGGCGGGUCCUUGGUUCAAUGAAGCUGAUCCGAUGCAGCUGCUUAGUUGGAACGAGACAGUUGAUCGCUUCAAGAGUGAAAUUGCGAAAGGUGGUUAUUUGGAAGGUCUUGUCAAGAAGUACUUCCUCAAGCAAUCACCAGACGGUGUCAUGCACUUCACUAUGCGCCCUAGUACCGAGUUUGCUGGCGAACUCGUUGCAACAGAGCAAGCAAACCUGACACAAAAGGUGUCGAGUCUGACGGAACAAGACAAGAAGAAGGUAGAAGAGAGUGGACUGGCCUUGCUCAAAUUCCAGGAAGCCGAGGAGGAUCUGUCUUGCUUGCCAACGCUCAAAGUAUCCGACAUUCCAGAAAAGGUCACAUACACGCAGCUGGAAUUAGGUGGCAGUAUCGCUGGCGUUCCUGUAGACUGGAACCUCAAAGCGACUGGCUUGACCUAUUUUCGCAUGAAGGCCAAGCUCAACCACCUUCCAGAGCACUUGAGACCCUUCUUACCAAUCUACGCUGAUUGCUUCACUAAUCUGGGAACGAAGCAGCACUCCAUGGCUGCACUCGAGGACAUGAUCAAGCUCAAAACGGGCGGUAUCAGUGUAUCGACUUUGAUUGCCAACAAUCACAGCAAUCUUCAAGAUUACGAUCAAGCCUUGGUGGUCAGCGGUCAUUGUCUAGAUGGCAAUAUCGACCAUUUAUUCAGUCUAAUGAGUGAAAUGCUCAACAACACCAACUUCGACAACCGCGAAAAACUACGCAAUUUGAUCAAGAUGAGUGCAUCGGGUGCCAUCUCCAAUGUUGCUGAAUCAGGUCACGUUUAUGCUCGCACGUUCGCUGGUAGUGCUCUAUCAGCUGCUGGUAAAGCAGUAGAACAGCUGAGCGGUAUGACGCAAGUCAAGCUCAUUUCAGAGCUCGCAACAAAGGAGGAUCUCUCGGACUUGAUCAGCAAUCUCAAGCAGAUUCAUGAGAUGGCUUUCGCCAAACCAUUGAUGCAGUGUUUCAUCACAGUCGACCCUGCUCAAGUCAAGAAUGUGGAACGCGGUGUAUCAGGGCUCGUGGAAAGCUUUAACGCUUCUUCCCCGUCCGAUUCUGCGGUAUCUGACUUCGAGGUGGCAACUCCAGCCAAGUCAUUCUUCCCACUCCCCUACCAAGUCAACUUUUCAGCCCUGUCCAUGAUGGGUGUGCCUUAUACGCAUCAGGACGGUGCCGCACUCCAAAUCUUGUCCAAGCUCUUAACAAACAAGCACCUACAUCGAGAAAUUCGAGAAAAGGGUGGCGCAUAUGGAGGGGGAGCAAGCUAUAGCGCCACUUCUGGCGUUUUUGGUUACUACAGCUAUCGUGACCCGAAUUCAUUGAGGACUCUCGAGACUAUGACACAGGCUGGUGCUUGGGCAGCGCAGCGCGUUUGGACGUUGCAGGAUUUGGAGGAAGCAAAACUCUCGGUCUUUCAAGGUGUUGAUGCACCCAUGUCUGUGGCGAGCGAAGGAAUGGUCUAUUUCACUGAUCGGAUCACUUCUGAUAUGCGUCAGAAACGGCGUGAAGAGUUGCUUGCUGUGAAUGCGAAGCAAGUCGUCCUGGCUGCUGAGCAAUACCUUGUGAGCGCUGUUCAAGCUGGUAAGACCAGUGUGGCGUUGUUGGGUGAAACACAAGAUUGGCUGUUGAAGCAGCCGGAUUGGAAGGUGUUUGAUUGGGGUACGGAGGCUGCCGCCAAGGUUUCCUCUGUUACUGAAGAGCUGGCUGGCGCUGUGUCUGAAGAGUCGCCGAGUCAAUCAAGCGAGCAUGUCUCUGAGUCCAGCACAUCAGCUGGCCCAGUGGUUGAUUCGUUUGGACAGACCAUCACAAAUGCAAGACGAGGCGAUGAAGGCCAAUUGUACGAGCUUGAGAUGACAGAUAGAGCGGUAAGCAAGCUCUCCUCAUUGCUUGCCAAAAAGGGCGAUGAGUAUUGUUUGCGCGUUGCACUCGAGUCGGGUGGCUGUCAUGGCUACCAGUAUGUUCUCAAGCUGGACAAUGAGAUUGAUCCCGAGGAGGAUGUCAUUAUCAGCAAGGAGGGUGCACGCGUCGUUGUUGAUGAGAUGAGCUUGGAACUCGUGGAUGGCAGUAAAGUGGAUUACACCAUGGAGUUGAUUGGCAGCGAGUUCAAGGUCGUGGACAACCCCCGAGCCGUCAGCAAGUGUGGUUGUGACACGAGCAUUGACAUCGAUAUCGGUAAGAAGGGUGGCAAGCGGUAGGCAUUUUAUAAGCGACAAAUAUAUGACUUCAUCAGCCCUCCCAGACCACACAUGCUUUCUUAUGCUCUCAUACGUUGCUGUGGUGGCCUAGUCAGCCAACGUUCUCUGCUCUCUGCUCGAUAUUGUAUACCUAAGCUGUUCUUCUCUGAUGUCGCUACGGUAAUUUCAAGCUCUCCAGAGGUUGUCAAGAAGGCUUCGUCAAAGAAGAAGAAGCAAAAGACAUACCCUGCUUUACCUGAGAUAUCAGAAGACGACAUUGAAGAGAAGUUCGUCCGCGGGACGGGACCUGGUGGUCAGAAGAUCAACA